AUAAGCUAUCUGCACCAGCCUCCUGGCUUGUUCUUCUCUGCACAACUGGAGGUGGUCCUGACUGGAGCCUGACUUUCUUCAGGCUCCCCCUGUUCAGCCCGCAGACCUUCUGCCCCUGCAAGGCGCCGAAACCUCCAUUUCAGAAAAGAAGAAAGCCUGUGUACAGGAUGUGCUGACCCGUCGUGGCAGGACGGUGUAGGACAAAGGCCAAGCUGAAGGGAGAUGGCAUCAGAUUAUUGAACGCCGAGGAGACCUUGAGCUUGGAUGCCCCUGAUGGAGGCCGAGGAACAGGAGGAAGAUACCAACUCCCUCUCAAAGGAUGGAUCGGAGACAAACUCCCGUGACUGCCUCCGCUAUGUGCCCCUUGGGAUAGCCUUUCUUUUGCUUGCUGGAGCUGCUGCAGUAACCUGGUAUUUCCUAGACUACAGACCAUGGCACCUGGAACCAGCCGUCCUGCAGUUUUACUCUGGCAGCCUCCAGGUCCUCAAUCGCCAGUACUCCCCGGACCUUGGGCAGGUGGAGUCCAGAGCAUUCUGGUUGGAGUCAUCUAAGCUCCAGAAGAUGCCAAUUUUCUCUGCCAGCUGGUUGAACAGAGCUUUCCCAGUCACAGUCUUCUGCAGCUUGAACCUGCCCAGCAUUAAUGGCUUGUGGGAGGGGGCUCUGACCUUCUUCUUCUGGUUUGCCCUCCAAAUCCCUGAGAGUCAGCAGAAGGACAUGACUGCUGAGAGGGUAAACACAAUGCUCCAGCAAGAGCUCUCCACCAGCUUCAACAGCUCGGGCAGCCUGUCCUACCAAACGGAGUACAGGGUCAACCCAGACUCACUGGUUCUGCUGGAAUCCAGUGUGAAAGACAUAGUAGUGCUGAAAUCUACAUUGGGUUGCUACAGAUACAGCUAUGUCCAGGAGGAUGAUGUCCUAAGGCUGGAGGGUCCUGACUACCUGGCCUCCAGUUGUCUUUGGCACCUCCACGGCCUCGAGGGCUACAUGAUCAAGCUACGCCUGGAGUGGACUCUCCCAGACUGCAGGGACCGCCUGGCUAUGUAUGAUGCAGCCGGACCCCUGGAGAAACACCUCAUCACCUCAAUCUAUGGCUGCAGCCGGCAGGAGCCUGUUGUGGAAGUCCUUUCAUCUGGGCCGGUCAUGUCCAUUGUGUGGAAGAAAGCCAUGUACAGCUACUAUGACCCCUUCAUCCUCUCAGCACAGGUGGUACCCCUCAAAGCCUGUGAAGUGAAUAUAACUCUGCGGGAGGACCUGGAACUGCAGGGGAAGAUUGGCACCCCACACUACCCCAGCUACUACUCGCCCAACACGCAGUGCAACUGGCACAUGACGGUCCCGUCUCUUGACUAUGGGGUCACCCUGUGGUUUGAUGCCUACGCACUCAGCAGACAGAAGCACGACCUGCCCUGUACCCAAGGCCAGUGGAUAAUUCAGAACAGAAGGUUGUGUGGCCUGCGGACCCUGCAAGCCUACGCUGAGCGGAUCCCAGUCACUUCCUCUGUUGAUAUCACCAUCACCUUCACCUCACAGAUCUCCUUAACUGGCCCCGGCGUACAGGCAGCUUACAGCCUGUACAACCAAUCAGACCCCUGUCCCGGGGAGUUCCUGUGUUCAGUGAAUGGCCUGUGCGUCCCAGCCUGUGACGGGAUCAAAGAUUGCCCCAAUGGGCUGGAUGAGAGAAAUUGUGUGUGUCCUGCCAAGUUCCAGUGCCGCGAGGACAGCACUUGCAUCGAGUUCAGCAGGGUCUGCAACCAGCAGCUGGACUGCGUCAACGGGAGCGAUGAGGAGCAGUGUAGUGAAGGGGUCCCCUGUGGUCCUUUUACCUACCGCUGUGAAGAUGGGACCUGUGUGAAGAAACCCAACCCCCUGUGUGACACCACUGCAGACUGCAAGGACCUGUCCGAUGAGAAGCACUGUGACUGCGGGCUGCAAGCCCCUCUCAGCAGGAUCGUGGGUGGUGCGAAUUCCGUGGAAGGGGAAUGGCCGUGGCAGGCCAGCCUGCAGGUUCGGGGACGCCACAUUUGUGGGGGAACACUCAUUGCUGACCGUUGGGUGGUCUCAGCUGCACACUGCUUCCAGGAUGAGAGACUGGCCUCUGCCUCCAUCUGGACCGUUUACUUGGGCAAACAUUUGCAAAAUGCCACCAGCCAUACAGAGGUAUCCUUCAAAGUGAUCCGCCUCUUCCUCCACCCUUAUUACGAGGAGGACAGCCAUGAUUAUGAUGUGGCCCUGCUCCAGCUGGACCAUCCUGUGAUCAUCUCACCCUUAAUCCAGCCCAUCUGCUUGCCUGCCCCUUCUCACCUCUUUGAGCCUGGCCUUCAUUGCUGGAUCACUGGCUGGGGAGCCCUUAAGGAAGGCGGGCACAUCAGCAACGUUCUGCAGAAGGUGGACGUGCAGCUCAUCCAGCAGGAUAUCUGCAGUGAAGCCUAUCAUUACAUGAUUUCUCCCAGGAUGCUGUGUGCUGGGUACCACAAGGGCAAGAAAGAUGCCUGCCAGGGUGAUUCUGGAGGUCCGCUGGCCUGCAAGGAACCCAGUGGCAGGUGGUUUCUGGCUGGUUUGGUCAGCUGGGGAAUGGGAUGCGCACGUCCAAAUCACUAUGGAGUAUACACCAGGAUCACUCAAGUGUUGGGCUGGAUGAACCAAACCAUGAGCUGAGAAAAGUGCAUCUCUGCCUUCCGCCCAUCCGACCUACGCUCACAUGGCACUUGUUCCUGAUCUUGCUCACUUGCCUCUCAGAGAGAGUUUCUGUGUGGGAUGUUGCCAGAUCCAGGAUGCUCUUCUGAGCAGGGUGAAAAAAAAAAAAAAAAAAAA